GUAACCAGUUCCCUUAUCGAAGCUGGUGGGCAGAGUGUGGCACUCCGGCUCCUGCGGGGAUCUGGCAGGAGGCAGCUGAGCUCCCUCCGGGCAGAGAGUGGGGAUAUAAGGAGAGGCAUCCAUGGGCAAAGCAGCGACACGGUGCCGAGCUGGGUUGGGAUAGGACAGGACAGGACAGGAUAGGAUAGGAUGCAGCUCCCGGGUCUGUGCUGCGGGGCCUCGCUGCUGCUGCUUGUCCUGCCGUGGGCAGCCCCGCAGCCGGCGGGCGGCGAGCACGGUGCGGAGCUGCGGUCCCUGCAGGACCUGCUGGAGGCGCUGGGGCAGCUCCGGGAGGAGGAAGGGGAACCGGGCCUGGCAGACGAGCCGGUGACCGAGGACGACGGCCCCGAGUGGGACCUGCCGGGGGCGGAGCGCGGCCCGCACGGCCCGGGCCCCGCGCCCAGCGCUCUCCCGCCGGCGGAGGGGCAGGACCAGUGGAGGAGCCUCCUCUCCUCCUACAGACGGAGGCGCUUCUCCGGCUGCUUUGGGAUGAGGAUGGAGAGGAUCGGCGCGCAGACGGGGCUGGGAUGCAGCCAGCACAAAGCCCGUUUCUGGAGAAGAGGGAGAAGCUGAAGCCGGGACCGGCUCCCAAGCGCCUCCUGAGCCUCCAGGCCGGCGUCCAGCAGCAGCCAGGCAGGGUCCCCCCGGAGCCCCCGCGGGGGUGGGGUGUGCACCAAUAAACUUUUGUACAAAGCCUC